CCUUUGACUGAUAUAACCAAGUUGAAAUCAUUCGCAUGAUAUAUAUAGUUUCGGCAGUUUGUCAAUAUUCUUGAACUGGUGUGCUUCUUGUUAUUGUGAAUAGUGUUAAAAUCGACUGGGUCAUGAAGGAACAGAACUAUUCCUAUGUAUUCAAAUUUGAAUCGGAAUUCAAUGAACAAAAAGCUAUAGCUUGGAUAACAGACCACUUUAGCCAUGCAUUCUACUACGAUGCUAUUUACUUGACGGUGAUUUUCACAUUGAAGAAAUUCAUGGAGAAUAGACCUCCCUUGAAGAUGAAAUUACCUGCAGUGAUCUGGAACAUCUUUCUUGCUACGUUCAGCAUAAUCGGAACAUCAAGAACGAUGCCUCAUCUGAUACAUUCCAUGAGACACCAUGGACUCAAUUAUACUAUAUGUGAUCGCUCAUUCCUUCUAACAGACCCAGUGACCAGAGUGUGGGCAUACUUUUUUCUGCUCAGUAAAAUUGUGGAACUAGGGGAUACCGUUUUGGUAGUUCUAAGAAAGCAUCCUCUUAUAACUCUUCAUUGGACCCACCAUGUAAUGGCCCUUACGUAUUGCUGGUGGGGCUACACAACAGCGACAUCAACAGCCAGAUGGUUGGGUACCAACAAUAUUUUCGUUCAUUCGCUCAUGUAUUCUUAUUAUGCCCUUCGUUGUAUGAACUUUAAACUUCCGAGGCGAAUACCAAAGAUGAUAACGACGCUUCAGAUAGUGCAGAUGGUCAUUGGUGUUUACGCCAAUAGCUACGUUCUUUGGCUUCACUCACAAGGCAUUGAAUGUGGUUCUACCAGUGUUAAUGUUGCCUGUUGUUUAGCUAUGUAUUUUUAUUUCUUCGUUUUAUUUACCCGUUUUUAUCUGAAAACAUAUAGAUCUAACAAUAAGAAAAAUCAUUUGAAGAAUAAUUAAAAUUUUGAAUUUUUAAGAGCAAGAAGUAUUUUCAAACUGUUUAAUAUUUUGAACAUUUUUGUUAGUUGGUUAGGUAUUUAUGGAGAAAUAGAGAUAUUUAUUAUUAUUAUUAUUCUUACUGAUGUUGUUGUUUGAAAUCUUGAACUAUUAUUAAUUCAUCGAAUAUGGAGAAUUAUUCGAGUUUGGAGGGAAUAAUAGACAGUUGUGUAAAAUUCGUAAUGAUUCAGUCACAUUAAGUUAAUCUCAAUUCCAUGGAGUAAUAAAUAAGUGGAAAUAUAA